AUGAGACAACCUCUGCUCCUUAUCAGCCUGUUACUGGCAGGUAAAAACAAUUUGCACUGACAGUUUCUCUCCUCCUGCUCCAGCAGCGUUCAAAGAGUCUAAACAAAAGCAGAGUUUCAGUGGAGUCUGUACUGUGGGAAAUAAAACAGGUCAGGGGAGAGAGAGAGAGAGAGAGGCAGCGGUAUGCCGAGCACGUUUAUAAAACAAUUGCAUUUCAAGCAGAUAGCUCGUCUUAACCGCUCUUAAACCUGCGAGGCUGCAUUCCUCUAUGUGCUCCGACUGCUGAGUGAGGUGGUGCGUUCAGGGACCCCUCCCAGACUCAAACAUGUGAGACACAGAAUGACAGGGAGAGGUUCGUGUUUCUAUAUUAGUCAGUAUGCCGCCACAGGUUUUGUUUAUAGGGAUGGGCAGAGUGUGAAUACAGUAAAAUAAUAUGGUUGUUGUUCAUGCAUAAACAAUAGACCGACUAAUCAUGCCGAUACUUGCUUCUAUUCAUGAAAAUAUGACUUUAAAUAGUUGUGCUGUUAUUAUAAUGAUGAUUCAAUUGGACAAAAUCAUCAACUUGUACACAUUCAAAACACAUUUAACAAGGUGUAAUGAUCCAAAUAAAUAGAGACAUGCAAUUUGAUGUGGCAUGGUAACUGGCACAUUACCCACAAUUUUUAUUUUUAAUCUUUUUUUACUGCUCCUGUGAGGAACUUUUGGUUUGUGUCGAUUACGGCACCCUCUGUGGAAAAAAAGUCUCAUCCUGCUGACGUUUGACACUCAUUGUGGAUAUUUUGAAAAAGGUACUGAUGCUUCAGCCCCCUGCAUCAGUUUCAGGUAUUCAAAAUCAGGAUAUAAAAAUCUUAAACUCUGUCGUUGAUGGACUUGUUUGCUUUUGGAUAUCACGAAAGGGCAUCAAUAUGAUUUUCAGUCUACUCUUCUAAUGCGAAAUAUGAAUUCAUAUGCUUUAUUCGUUGACAUGAUGCACUUUGAUGUUCCAAAAGUUUAAACUGAGUUUGGAAAGAAAGUUUUGGGGUUUUCUGCACCUUUUGCCUGAAACAAACUACUGAUUUAGUUAGCCUCAGUGUUUAUAAAGCUAAAGAGUAGAGCUAAAGUUUUGAAUCCCAGCUGUCUAUAUUGUUCUAGCCGAUUUAUUUCAAGGGUGUUUUUUUAACCCUGCUGUUUGAGUUUGAGUCUGAUUUGUCUGCUUUUGAAACUUUUUGUUGUUGCUACACUUGGUCAGGUCUCUCUUGAAAGAUCUUACUGGGAGUGACCCGGACUAGUAGAGGUUAACAAGAAAGACAUAUGAAAGAGUGAAACAGUGACCAACAAGUUUGCCAGGCUGUUAGAACUUACUCAGCACUGCCUGGAAGAUCUUAAGUCUAUUCCAACUUCAAUUGCAGAGAGAUUUCUGUCCUUGUAUUGCAAUCAAGUAAAGACGUUUCACCACCAGGAUGAAAAUGUAAUCUCAUAAUUUAAGUGCGACCCGUCUUACAGAUGAGAUGCAGCAUUGGAUGACUUUGAUAUUUAGCUUUAUUCAUCCAAGCCAGAAUCCAAAUACACGGUGCAACCUGGUAUGUAAGUGAUGCUGGCACAGCUCCCAGUCAUUAUAGCGAGCACUGAGGAAUUAUGUUCUUAUAAAUAUAUUCAUUUAAAGAAGGGCUGCAUGAUAUUAGGGGGAAACUGUUGGAGCCUUGUGCAUAUAAUUUGAUUCAAGAAUAAGACAGAAUUUAUUGAUAAAUGCAAUUUUGGUGUCGUCUUCUGAUGUACAUACCAGACCUACAGGAUGUGGAAAAAAAGAUUGGUAACACUUUACAAUAACCAUAAUUUAUAAAUGGUAAAUAGAUCAAGGUGACCAGAUUUCUGUAAUGAAAUCCGGGGACAUUCGGUGCAUGGACUGCGUGAUCACAGACAACAUCUCGGUACUAUUUAGUAGCAGCGCACGCCCCUUGUAAAAAACCCUGUACACCGUAAAAACUGUUGUUUAGGACUGCUUACUUGUGCUUUCUACCCAUUCAGCUACUAUAAUAACCGUUGUUCUUGCCCACACGCAACAUUUUUGUUCUCAUUCCUGAAACGCUUAAAUCGGGGACAUUUUCGGGGACAGUUUUUGCCAGGGACAGGUCAUCCAAUUCAGGGACUGUCUGGUCACCUUAAAAUAGAUAGUUUAUUAAUGUUUAGUCAUCAUUUAAAAACAGUAUAUAGACCAAUUUUAAAUGGCAAAUAGAUUGUUUAUUAAUGUGACUAUUUAUUAAAGGUUUAUAUAGGGUUUAAAUAUUGGUUGUAAAACAUUUAGAUUUAAAUGUGUGUCAGUAGCACUUUGUAAAUGGUUAAUAUUUGGUUUUUAAACCAUCUAUAAACAUUACUUAGAUGGUUAUUGUAAAGUUAUGGUUAGGGUUAGGAUUAGGUUUUUAAAAUUGUAAAAUUUACAAUGUACAAAUGGUCUAUAUGCUUUCUAUAAAUGAUGAUUAAACAUUAAUAAACUAUCUGCUUACCAUUUAUAAAUGGGCUAUUUACCAUUUAUGAGUUAAGUUAUUGUAAAGUGUUACCAAAAUAUUUCCUCUUACACUGUAGUAAUUUGAAGUGUGAAAUAUGGACUUAAACGAAAUGAUAUAAAUUAGUAAUAAUUCAAAGUUUCUUCCUCCUUUUAGGCUUUUCUUACUGGUUAUGAGAAAGACAGUAAUUAACGUUGAUGCCUCUAUAUGACCUAAAACUUCCUAAAAAAGUUAAUCUACAGCAAGUCUUUUUAUAAACGGGUUCAGGACAAGAUGAGAAAGAGGACACUCUGACACUAUAUCACUCUGACCACAGGGGGCGCCAGAUUCAACACAACAUGAAAGUUCCUCACAGACACUUUAAACUUCUUUUGAAUAAAAACUCAUCAUCCUAUUAAAAAAACGGUCUAAGUCAAUUCUUGACGAAUGUGAGUUUUUUUUGUCCAAAUCAUCUUUUGAAAUGAUUUAGGCCAAAAACUCUUUUUCGUCAAAAAAGUUCCUCACAGACGCUUUAAACAUCUUUUCAAUAAAAACUCGUCAUCCUAUUAAAAUAAUGGUCUAAGUCAAUUUUUGACGAAUAUGAGUUUUUUUGUCCAAAUCAUCUUUUGAAAUGAUUUAGGCCAAAUUAAUUUUCGUCAAAAAAUGGCUCAGACCAUUAUUUCAAUAGGGUGUUGAACUGUUAGUUUUACUGAUUUUUUAUCACCUCAGUGCAUGUCUAAUGAUAAGUGGACUGUAUAGGAAGCAUUGAGAGACAGUCACAGCUUAUACAGUUAUAUCAUGGAGCUAAGCUGGUACCAGAUCUGCCAUCUUGAAAACUAUUUUCCUAUGCAACAUCACAUUUAUUACCUGGCGUUGGAAGCGUAAAUCUUCAGUUUUUAAGAUUUAUUUUUUUCAGCUAAACGAGCUGAGAAACAAGAACCAGGAGUUUUGAUUAUUUUCUUAUUAGUCCACUAAGUAUAGGUUUGUGUUUAUGCAUAAAAGAAAACAAUUAAAGCAAAAAAAACAAUUUGCAGAGUUUCAAAAUUAUGUAUAAUUUUUGCUUUCUUUGGCAAGUAACAUCAAAAGUUUUGAGUUGGUUCUACUCUAAAACUUGAUAAAACGUGAUAAGAUGUCUUUUAGGUAUAAGAAUUAUUAAUGUGUUAUUUCUAGCAGUGGUUUAAGUUUGAAAUGAAGGACUGAAUAGUGUUAGAUUGAACUUUGAGAGCCUCGUAUGUGAACACAAAGACCAGAAAAAGUUAUUUUUAAUACGCCUGGCUGUCAGUCCUUUCCUGUAGGAUCACAGGUGUUGCUGUGACUUUUUUAUUCAGAGCGUAAAUCUCUCUUUUCUUUUAUAUUUGCACACUCAUUGUAUCUUGUUGACUCUUAGACAUUGCUUCAUAUGUGGUGACUCCGCUCCGAUAAACAGGUCAUGAAAGCAUCGAUACUACGCCGCGUCACUCCUAGGUGUUACUCACUGACUUCUGACUCAUGACUCUUUCUGUCUCCGCUGGAAAAGAAACUCAGCGAUUGAUAUUUUUAAUCAGACAUUGAAACACUUGUCCCGGGAGUCUGAAUGUAAUCCAUCUCACUGUUGGCUCCUGUCAUUUUAUUCCCUGCUCCCCGGCGAAAAUCGUGUAAAGGCAGUCCAGCGAGACUGAUCAGGACCAUAUUGAUUUAAUUCACUGUAAUUUAUUGGCCAGGGAGUUCCUGUGUGGUCGCUUUAUGUGCCAGUGAAAGAAUAUUGAAAAUUCAGGCUGGGUUUCUCUGCUUGAAUCUUUAAUACCACACAAACAGGAGCAUGAGGGAGAGCUGGCAGCCAAAUACAGAAACAGACUUUUUUUUCCUAUCUUCCUCCUUCACAUACAGACUGCAAAUGAACAAACAGCAUAAAGCAAUUAAAUGAGUGAAUGUGUAUAAUGAAUUUUUCAUGAAACACGUGUUUGGAAACCGUGUGUAAACCUCUGAAUCUUGAGAAUAGCUGCAGCAAACAUUACUUUGACUUGGCUCACCUCGAGUCGAGCUGGAGAAAACACAAAAUAGAUGUUUAGUAUGGGAUCACUUACAGUCCAAAUACACAGUGUGAAGUCUGGAAGGAGAGGAGAGGGUGUGUGCCUCACUAAUGGCUUUUUACCCCCAGAGCCCGGUCUGUGUAUAUCCAUAGAUUUAGUCCACUGAUCCUUUGUUUAAGUAGAAGUUUAAAUACAUUAGUUAGAAAAAAGCAAUUAAAGUCAGAGUCCUGCUGUAAACAUUCACUUAAGUAAAAGGUAUUAGAAGUUAACUUCGAAUCCCAGCAGACGUUAAGCUGAAAAAAUGGCCUCUCAGGACUUAAUACCACCGAUACUACAUUAUUAGACCGGUGUGAUAUUAGUGGGUACGUGACAGGAAAAAAAAAAUCCCAAAAUGGUGUCACCAUCCUGCUUUCUCUUCCCUCUAAUCUUUAAUGUUGAAAUGUUGGAUUUUAUUUUCCUCUUUUGCCCUGAAACUCUUAUUCAAAUCAAACCAUUAGAGAAGUUUAGAGAGAAAACGCUCCUGUGGGGCUGCUUACAACUCAUAGACACCGAGAUUAUUCAACCCCAAUGAUGUUUUUUCACAUUUGAUACUAAUUUUUUCAUCCUGUGUCUUUAUCUUAAAUUUAUUUAAUUGGUGUCUUCAUCUACCAGGUGGGUUUAUUAUGAGAAUGAUUCAUUUAAUUGCCUCAUACUAUGAUACAAACAAACAUAUUAUUCGUAAACAUCCCUUCGGUCAUCUCUUAAAGGCACUGUGAGGAGUUUUUGACAAGUUCAGAAACAGACUGAAACUGAUACUUACCGUAUUUUUCGCACUAUAAGGCGCACCAUCAAUGAACGCAUCUAUUCGCGUCUAUUUUCAUACAUAAAGUGCACCGGAUUAUAAAGUGCACCGGAUUAUAAAGUGCACUGGAUUAUAAAGCACAUGAAGUCAAACAAAACAGUCAAAUAAGGCAAGAUCUAUUUAACUCAUUCAAUAACUCCGUGAGGCUAUGGUUGCUGCAGUGCUCCGACAAGCCAAAAGGAUUUUAAGUGAACCUUAUAGUGCGAAAAAUACGGUACACCUCUGUAUGAGCCUGAAAAGCAAAAAAAGACCAUCAAACAACUAGAGUAGUGAUUUUUCAGUCGUAAUUUUUGUGUUUAAAUGAAGUUCAGAGGGGGUUAGGUGUCCGAAAGGAUGUAGAAAUAGCCUUCAUAUCAGAUUUGCUGUGAUUGAUCUUACUUUGUCCACAGGGGGGCGCCAUAUCCAAUACAUACUAAAAGUUCCUUAUAGCAGCUUUAAUUGAUUCAUCUAAAAAAAAAAAAAAAAGUGUUUGGUUGUCUACAAAUAUUCAGGCCAAAACAUCUAUUAUAUCCCGAUCAGCUUUUCCUUGAUUUUGUGUUUUAUGUUUCUAUGAAAAAGUAGGAUGCUAACAGGCUAAAAAAGCCUAAUAGAAAUGGUAAACAUGACCCUUUUGGCCCUGAUUAUAGAACAUUAAGAGCGCUCAACAAUAGAAAAUUACUGGAGGACAAUAACGGGACAAAUGCGACAUAAUCAGAACUCAACAAGGAAUGAUUUGAAGAAAACCUGAACAAUGAAAACAAAACAAUACGAGAGAGAAACAAAAGGAGAGAAGUGAAUGAAAGUUUUAUUUGAUGGCCUUGAGAGGGAUAAGAAAGCAGAGAGAGGGGGAUUUAUGUGUGUGUGUGUGCAUCUCUGUAUGUGUGUUCAUGUUGUGGUUUGUAGGUCGAUGGAGGAGGAAUUUAAAGUCAAUCUUUCUCCGCUGAUAACAUGAUGGUAAUGUGGAAGGAGGGGGAGGAGCUUUGGGGUCAUGGUCAGCACCAGCACCUCCUAAAUUCUAAUGAGACGACCUGCUGAUGGUCGGACCCGGUCAGUUUAAGCUGUGUAGUGUGAUGAGCAUUAUUUGUGGCUAUAGAGUGGCGUUUUGGUUGAGGUAUGGUUCCAUAGAACGCUGUGUAUUGCUAUCGUGCGGUUGUUACUAAACAUCUUAAAGUUAUAUAUCUCAUCCAUUCUGAUGCACUUUGUUGAUAUCCUUCCCUCUUGUUAUUUUUCACUCAGUCCUCCUUGCUGCCGGUGUACGAGCUCAAGACCAGGUCCAGAUCCAGUUCCAGACAGACCCAGUACUCGUCCAAACCAGCACUGAGAUCGUGUUCACGGUUCUGACGGUGUCCCAGGUCCUGUCCGUGACAUGGAAGUACCAGGGAGUCACUCUGGGUCUGUGGACCGGAGGGACCUCGGUGGUGAACACAGUCGCCCAGUUCCAGGGCCGAGUCACCAUCAGCGCCACCCAGCUGAGAAUUAGCGGCGCCCAGCUCCGAGACGCCGGAAACUACACGGUGGAGGUGGACCCUAUUGAUACGACGGGCCUAUUGGCUAAUUCCAGAUCAAUACAGCUGAGGGUGUUCGGUAAGAGAUAAAGAAGUGUGCCUGUGAGGGGGAGACGAGGACGACGACGAGGGAGGGGAAGGUGGGUGAGGCGGUGAAGUGUGCAGGAGAGGGAGGUUUAAGGGAGGUGAUAAUGUUAAGGAGGAACAGAAGGGAGUAAAAAGAGGAGAGGGAGGAUUUGGAAAGUAAGAGAAUUAGUCUGGGAGGUGUAAUGAAAUUAGUGACCCAUCGUAGGCGAGCUAAAAUUAAUGGAAAAGGAGGAGGGGAUGGAGCUGCAGGCUCAGGGCUCUAUGCUAAUUAAAACUCAUUUGAUAUGCAGCGCUCAUGCUCUUAGAUGUUUGAUUUUGAAGUAGCCUGAUUAUAGCACCACAUACAGUACAUACAGUAUCUGCAUCUAUUUAUAUUCAGCGCUGAAUUGGAGCCCGAGCAGCUGAGAGUCUCUCCCACGCUGGAUGGAUGACGUGCAGUCUCUCUCUCUCUCUCGUCCCUCUUACAACGACAAUGAUGGUGCGCCAGAGUGACCAAAUUGUUAGAAGUACCAGUUUUAUUCUCGCUGAAAAGGUCACAUCCUCCAAACUCACAACAGCUUGUUUCCGUCACGGAACAUAUGCAUCCUCGAGCGCGACUCUCAAACUCCCACUUACUCCGAACUUAAAGCUAAAAUUUGACAAUUUUCCAUGUUUCUGCUGAGUCACAAGCAAGAGGGGAAAAAAAGCACAAGGAUCCGAUUUGCAGUGUUUUGUCGCUGCUAAUGUUUUGGUCGUCGCUGAGGUCCUCUCUUAGUCACAGCCUCCUCCGUCCUCACGCCCCCCUCUUCUCCCUCUCCAAUUAUUUAACUUAGGCUGCCCGCCAAGAGGCUUCUCAGCACCACUCACACCGUCUGCCCCCUUACUCACCAUCUGUGCCUCUAUCUGAAUCCUGUCCCCUCUCAGUGCUCACUUGCUUUGAUUACAACAAAUUAUCCUCAACAGAAUCAUAAAAACUACCCUCCAUUGUUCUGUCACUCCAGCUUUUGUACUGAACUCUUUUACUCCCUCGUUCUCCGGAGAAAAAAGUGCAAUCGCAGAACUUUUCUUUGAAAUUUCACGCCUUGGUAAAACUGAUUUUUCUUGUCUUGUACGCUGUAGAUGCUGUGACUGGAGUGAGUCUGCAGAUUCCCACAGUAGCAGUGGAAGGGGGAAACGUGACGCUCAAGUGUACGCGGACCUCAGGGACGGAGGCGACAGUCCAGUGGGGGAAAGGGGGCACAGCCAUCACCUCAACCACUGACUCCAGAAUCACCAUCUCGGACGGAUCCCUGCUCAUCAACCCAGCCAGGCGGGGGGAUGCCGGGGAGUACUCGUGUACCGUCAGCAACCUUGUCAGCGCCGACACCGACGCUAAGAGCCUCACUGUCUACUGUGAGUUUACACUGAUCACAUGACAAGUGGUGACUAAUCUGCUGCAGCCACUGCAACAGCUCUAGCUCAUCUAUUACCGACUGUACAGGGUGCUGAACAGACUCAGAGCGGUCAAGAUGUCCUCCUGAGAUCUCUCAUUGUGCUGCUUCUAACUCCGUUUUGAUCACAUCCAUAUUUCUGACGUAGUUUUAUUCAAACGCAGCUAGUUACCCCAACAACACGAAGAAAAGCUUCGUUUUUAUUGAGUAAAUUUGAGAGAGGUUUUUUUCUAAACCAGAGAAAACACAUUUUCAAUGGUUUUGACAGAAUCUGUUGAAACUAUGAAUGUUUUGAAGGAGUAUGUACUCCAAGAAAUAUGAUUAAAUCAAGUUAAAAGCAUGAAUGCUGGAUGUCACACUCACAGAGGCUGUUGAAUUCCUGCUCAUAUAAAAAAAACCUGAAGGAUCAUGGUCACUGAUUUAUCUAUUAGUCGCUUUUUAAUUAUUUUCUCAUAUUUUAUUCCCACAAAUUUUGAGAGAAGCUCCUCAAACUCCUGUCACAGCUGAGGCGCCAUCUCAAAAUGAUGUGUUUGUCUGGAUGCCUCUUGUCUCUUUCUGCAGCAGAUGGCUGUUCAGCCCGGUUCUGGUUCUGCUCGAGGCCUCUUCCUCCAUUAAAGGGGAGGUUUUACAAACACUGUUAAACUGCUUAUUGCUGCAGACUGACUCGCUCAUCGUGAUGUUAGAUCCUCUUCAAAUAGAUAACGUUUGAUAUAAAUUGGUGCUAUACUAAUAAAGAGUUAUUGAUUUAGUGAUAUGAAUUGGAUUAAUCAGCUAAGUUACCAUUGGCUUUUUAUUUUUAGGUGAAUGUAAACAGAGGUUGUUUUUGGUUUGGGUUAAACUAGAAAACUGAUGCUCGUGUUUCUAACAUAUAACAGCACAACAGCUGUUUAUCUGAGUUUGCCAUUAACACUCAGAAAAGGUCGGCCUUAUUUAAUAGCUCUGAAGACACCUCCGAAGCUCUGUUAAUAUCACAUGUAUGUCUCAGACGCUAUUUUGAUUUGUUUUUGUACAAAAACUGAACUAUAAAAACAACAAGUUACGGUUCACGGAGAGAUACACACUGAACUCUUUCUUGGCAGGAUGGAGGUUCUCCAACCUGCCAAGAAACAAGACAUCUAAAAAGUCUCUAACUAAACAUCAUUCUCAAAAAUAUAUUAACAUGUCCAUCCCAGUGAGUGGAUGAAUGGAUUCAUUUCAUGACACGUCCCUGAAGUGCAGCUGAAACACUUAGAGCUCCCCCUGUUGGCUGGUGGCAGUACAGGUCAUCAAGUUUGAAGCCUGCCUUCUUGAUUGGACAAAUGAGGGCUGUCACGAUAUAUUAGAGUGACCAUACGUCCUCUUUUAUUGAGACAUGUCCUCUUUUUGGGGGGCUGUCCAACCUUGUCCGGGGGAGUUUAUAAAAUCCUUCAAAUGUCCAGAUUUUGUAUUGAAGUUUUUGAGUUUGUGUCGCGGGGAAUUACUGAGUUAGAAGUGCGUAAAAAACACUUGAUUCGACCAGAAAAACUUUCAAAGUUAACUUUACACGACUCCGUGACUCCGCCCCUGUGUAGUCGUGUCCUUGUUUCGGGGAUUCAGAAUAUGGUCACCCUACGAUUUAUUGGUAUUGAAAGUUAUUACAACUUUUAGAAACUUUAAGAUAUUCAUAUUCUGCUAAAAAAUAAAAAUGUCCGUUACCAUGUCCUUCAACGAAAGAUGGAUACAGAGGAAGUAGCAGAGUACUAGUGAGCUGGCUGAAGCAGCCCUUUGAGAGAUGGUAAGGCACUCUUAAUGAGAGAUUUUCAAGAUUUAUUGUGAAUCCAAAAGGAAAAUAAGAACUGGUACCACUUAGAGUUACUAAUCAAUUUCCAGGAGUUUUUUUUAAUCGUUUUCUUUUGGUUACAGAACUAACAACCUACCAGAAGUAGAGUACUUCAAAAUAAAAGCAGAGUUUGACCAUGCAGCAGAUAAAGCAACCAAAAUGGAAGACAGAAAAUUUGAAAUAAAAGCAUGAAAAUAGUUUAUGAGGGGAUGUCUUUACCAGAGAGGCUUGUGGUGUGGAUUAAUCUUCAUAAAAAAAUCAUUAGAAAAGGUAACAUGAGGUAUUUACUAAAUUGGGGUUUAAGUUCAUGGUAGACAUUUCUGUUGACAAAAGAAGAAGAAGAGAAAUGUGACAAACACUAUCAUAAGAGUUGGUGAAAUUUUUUUUUUUUUUCACUUCAGAUUAACUCAUGAAUCCGUUCUGACCGUGGAGUGUGUGUUUUGAUUUUAACAAUGGGCAGGAAAACCGAUACUCCGGCUCCAAAGCUGUCCCCUUUCUGCUCGGACUGGCUCCAGUUUGGUUCAAUACAUCAUGGGGGGUGUUUGUGGCUUGACUUUUGUACAAAGAGGGAGGUGGAGACAUGUCUCUCAUCUUUAUUCACAAUCAAUGCUCCAUCCUUUUUAUAAUUUCUGGUUUCCUACGGUGAAAAUCCGUAUUUCUGUCCGUUAUUGUCGACUAAAACCGAACUGUGGUUGCAGUAACUUUUCAUGGAGGUGUCUCAUUAUUAUGCAGAUCAGACUUUGACCUUGGUGUGGGUUUUUUUUUUAGUUCGCUCUCUGUUGAGGUUGUACUAUAAAUGUGACUUAUUGGGCUCCAUGUUGAUGAAGAGAUGACAGAUGAUGAGAUUAAGAUUAAACAUCCAACCAGACAAAGUGCAGGAGACAGGAGGAGGGUUAUCAAAAUGUCAGGUGAGGUGAUUUAAACCAGGUUUUGAGAAACAGACAAACCUUUAGGCAGGAUUCAGAGUCACUUGUUUUUUAAUCCACAUCCACCUUGUUGUCCUUGUGAACUGAAUAUUCUGACGCUGAUCACCACGUCGUCUGAUCUUAACCAAACCAGAUGGCCCCGACACCCCUGUGCUGACCAAAGAGAGCCCUAAAGACUGCGUCGGGGAGGGGGACGUGUUAGUCGGACAGACGGUGCGCCUCACCUGCUUGUCCGACUCGCUGCCUCCUGCCCUCUUCGUGUGGCAGCGUGACGGACAGACGGUCGCAUCUGGUCAGCCGGACAGCGGGGUGCUCAGCCUUCAAACCUUCAACACGGACGAGAGCGGCCGAUACGUCUGCACGGCCAGGAACACCAUCACCACAACCACGUCGGAGCAGAGCACCCCUCUGACCAUUGUGGGUGAGUUAUGGCGGACGCUGACCUCCCUGUGACUGAUAAUGAUGGCGGUUGGUUUUGGACUCCCUCUCUGUAUCCGUCUUCACGACAGGAGAGAGACAGGAGGUAUUCAGGGAGAUUGAUCUGGUGGAGAGCGGUCAAAGUCGUUCAGGGACUCUCACAUACUCUCUCCUCUCCCUUUAUUUCCAUUUCUCUUUCUCUCUUUCUGUUUUUUAUCAUCCUUUUUAGGAAUCAUCUCCUCCCUUCUCUGUCGUUUGUCUGUCUGAGUCCAGACUCAUUAUCUUUAUGAAUCCCUCCCCCUUUGACACCGGUCUCUCUGUUACAGACAUAUGUCUGGAUGUUGGAGAAGUGGUGGGGAUCGUGAUUGGCUCUUUGCUGCUGAUCUUAAUCAUCGCGCUCCUCAUCUGGCUUAUUGUCUUCCUCGUACGAAGGAGGAGGGGUGAGUCUGUGUGAACCGUCUUGGAUGUUUAGUUUGUCCAUUCAUUGUUUAUAAUGUGGAGUCAAACACUCAUGGUAGAUAAGAUAUAACUCUGUUUAUCCCCAGGGAAACUUGAUUGGCUUCUUAAUUAUCCCAUCGUCUGUUUAUACUUUACAUAAGAGCUCUGCCGUGUUAUCUCGCACUUCGGUGGUAAAUCGUUUUGUUAUUUUUAUUACAGCACAACAAAGGGAAACUGUGCUUGUGCCAAAGACCAACCAGAAUCCCCGGCCUUUAGUAAGCCGCAGUAAAGUUUUCAUAUGAUUCACUAUUGAUUUUGUCUUUAUCUUGUCCAUUUUCACAGAUUAACCCUCUCUCUUCAUCCUUCUUCUGCUGUCUCCUCUCCCCCUCCUCUCAUUUUUCAUCCUGUCCCAUUAAGCCUCCAGAUCCUCAACCUAAUGGUGCGAGGGAUUUAGGCCAAGGUCCCAAUCCCCCCCUCUUUUACACCAAUACACGCGCACGCCACCCCGACCGCUUCUACACAGCCCCGCGCGAAAACCUUCAGGUGCUGCAGAUGAACGGCCUGCAAAACUCCGACACACACCGACACAAUGAGCGUGCGGACACGAAUCGACUCCUACACAAUUCUUUUCACAACACCAAUUCGAUCCCGCACAAUGGCUUCGACAACCCCGCCUUCGCACACACCGGUGCUCAGAAUGUAAACACGCUCCCCAACACGCAGCAGCAGAAUCCGAACGUUGUCAUCCAGGGCGGCGCUCAGCAGCCGGCGGUCCACGUCAACCUCAACACGGUGCCGCAAACAGGCCAGCAAAACAACACCAACGCCAACGCACAAGCGCCAACUAUCCACGUCAAUCUUAACUCGUACCCGAACAACAGCCAACAGGCUCAGCAAGACAACUCCACACCUUUAACGAACACGGCCAAUCCUAAUCCGCCGCCACAAGCAGAAGCGGGUCUAAUAGAGAGAGUUCUGUUAAAUCCCAGGACGACUCCUGGGAUUUUGGAAACCAGUCGCCAAGAACAGCCAGCGCUUAUACCGACCGGAUUCACUCACUUUAACAGCAAUCACCCUUCCCAGAGAAACGCGAACACGCAGACGUACACACAGGAGCCAGAGCCUCGUCACAGGUCCGACAGAGACUCGGGAACUCAAGAUCCCUCCGCCAGCUCCGUGUCCCCUCGGCAGAUGCCCUGGGAUCGCCUCAGAGGGACACCGGCGUAUCCAAGUGGAACUCUUCAAAGAGGACGAACAUCUCCAGACUACACAGACUACACUACCCAUCCUCCUUUACCGCAGUCCAGAACAAAUACCCGACCUCAGCCUCAACGUCAGAGCAAGACGCCCCCCCGGAGACAAGACGCCGCUUCAGUGGACAGACAGAAACGCAGCCGAUCUGCUGAUCUCCGAGGCCCAGAGUCUCGCGGCGCAGCGCAGCUUGAGGCUGCUCGCCACACACACAGGAGCCCCCGCACACAAAGGGAGGCCGCUCAGCCAGACAUCAGAGCAUCUCUUGGUAGCCAGACCGCCCUCAGGCAGGAAGCCACACGCAGCUAUAACCCCCAGGCUAUCCCUGUGGUGAGCCAGCAGGCCUCUGUGGGCCGCGCCACUGUGUCACAAGGACUGAUGACACAACAGGGACCGCCUGCUCUGCACGGUGCAGAUACAAGGGCUUUGGCUGAUCCUAAUCACCUUCCACAGGCACACAUGGCCCCGCAGUUCAGAGCAGAACCGGUCCAACAAACACCGCAAGGUCUGGGCGUGCAGACACAGCCUGUCAUGCAAGCCGCCAACCCACCUCGCCAAGGAGGCUUCGCUCCAGUCCAGUAUCCCCCCGCCCAGCCUAACCGCAGCAACCUCACCCAGGCUGCGCUCACAGCCCACACUCAGAGGGCUCAGACAUUUCAGAACCGACAGGAGCAGACGCAGGCCGCCCUGCGCCACCCUGGACCGCAAAUCCAAACUCUUAAUCCUGCGACUCAGCGCGCGCCGACACCUCCGCCUGCGAUCCCCCUCGCACAGUUCCAAACCAUCCCUCAAAAACAGCCCCAGCACAGAUCUCCAAUCCGAGGACCCCAGCCGCCUAAACCACCUGUUAACAUGCCGGUGGCUCAAAGACCUCAUCACGUACAUCAGCGUCACCACGCGCAGCACCAUCACGGCGCAAACCCAGGACACCACCAUCAUCAUCACCACGAAGGCGCACACAAGCACGGCCACUUCGCCCACCCACACCAGGUGAGUGAAACCGAGUCAGAGGGUUUAAAAGUUCAGGCAAAUGUUCCUUUACAGUGAAAUAUUUCAGCAUUUUCCUCUCUUUUAGACGAGCGCUCAGAGUCUGUCAUGUCACACCGUGCUCUUCUCUGUGAAUGUGUAUAUUUGCUGUAUAAGUCCUGCUCCCGCUUGCACCAUCUCCUCCCCAGUUUGUGCUUUUGUCUGUGGUUUUCAUUCGUCGAAGGCAGCCUGACAGCACUUGGCUGCUGCAUUUUUUCUACGAUUGACAGUCAUCCCAGUGCCACAAAAAUCUAUUUAGUCUUGAGUGUUUGUGACAUGGUGGCGGCUUUUUUUUAAAAAGCAGCAUUGUGUGUCAGAGGUUCAGCCUCUUCUUCUGCAUGACAUGUUGGCAAUGAAGGGCUUGUUGUGUCUUUCCAGCAACAGGCUCACAGAGGGAGACCGAGAUGA